AUGCAGCAGUGGCAAGUCGGCCCAGUGCCGGAGUACAUCUACUCCAACUCCACCCCCCAUCAACCUAACGACAUGCAUCCUCAGCACCCUUACCAGCAGGACAUGUCUCGUCGGGAUCAGCAUCCCCAAUUCCAGUACGCCCCGCCGCCUCAGCAGAGCCCGGCUCCUCAUCAGCAGCACCCCACCCCGGUACAGCCUCCGAUGCAAAUCCCGCAGCCGCCUUCUCAAGCUCCGGCCCAGCCUCAACACCACCCCCAGCAGCACCCCCAGCAGCAUGCUCAGCAACAUCAGCAGCAACAUGCUCAGCAGCAGGCUCAGCACCAGCCGCCUCCUCAAGUGGCCCCGCCUCAGACGAACAGGAACCGUAAGCGUCCGGCCCCCGCUCCGGCGCCGGUUGCUCCUCCCGUCGUCACGAGUGCGCCCCCGAUGCCCGCUGCCCAGCCGCCACCUACCACUACUCCCAUCCCUCCUCCCGCGGCCCCGCCUGCCGCCGCUCCUCAGCCUCAGGCCCAGCCCACGGAAGACGCCAAUGCCGCUCCUGCUCCUCCCCCGGCUAAGAAGAGCCGGACAAAUACCCCCUGGACCCCAGCUGAGGAGCUCCGUCUCAAGCAGAUGAGAGAUGCUGGUAGCUCUUGGGCGGAGAUUGCCAAGACCUUCCCCACCCGCACUGAGGGUAGUGUGAAGAAGCACUGGUACAAGGACAUGCACUACGCCGAGUUCGCAGAGGACGAGAGCCAAGCACUCCUCAACGCCAUCAAGGAGUACGAGAACAACAAGUGGAAGGUCAUCGGGCAGAAGGUCGGCAAGCCAGCCAAGGCCUGCGAACAAUACGCCAAGGAGCACUUCCCCGACCUCUACGCCAAACCGAAUGCUCGGUAG